UUUACAUUUUUCAUGCAGUGAAUUUUUCCACUUGGGAUUUCCUGCGCGUUUUCGGCCUCUCAAAGGCACUGACGCGGUUCGCUGUGACCGAGAAGCACCGUUGACGACCAUGGACGAGAUUUUCGUGAGCAAGUAUCGUGAGUUGUACAAGAGCCGGACCUCGAAGGAGAGUCAGGCGGAGAGGCGCCACCGGAUGCUGGAGGAGCAGCGCCAGCAGCGCUCUAAGGCUGUGGAUGAGCACCGCGGCAUCAUGGCGUACAUCCAGAAGCACCCCCGAAAGACUGAGGGCAGGAGCAGGGACACAGUUCCGGUGUUCGAUAGAUUCUACGCCAACAAGGUUCAGCUGUCGGAGUGGCUCCGGGAGCGGCCUGAGGAUCUGGACAACUGGUACGUAGUGCCAUGCCCGAAGGGAAAGCGUUGCCUUGUGGUGGCCAAUGACAGGACGAUCAUGUACAGCAAAGCUGGGAAGAUUCUGAGCACCUUCCGGUCGAGUCUGGAGGGCGGAAAAUACGUCACAGUGCUGGACUGCAUCUACGCGGGACGAAAGCGUGAGUUCCAUGUCCUGGACUGCCUGGUGUACAGAAACCAGGAGUUUAUCCACUGCGAGACGGCCUUCAGAUUCUUUUGGCUCACGUCCAAGUUCCUGGAGUAUGACUAUUCUGUCGUUCAUCGGGACAAUCACUACCCUUUCCACUACAUCCCGCGGUUCGAUUGUGCCGACGAAGCCUCUUUGGCCAGUGCUUUCGGCACUCAUCCUCAUUGGCCGGAGGACUCGCCCACACUUGACGGCUUCCUGUUCUAUCACAAGGAGGCGUCGUACACUUACGGAACCACUCCUCUCGUCGGCUGGCUCUUCUCCUACAUGAUUCCCGAAGUCCUCGGGAUCUCUGCACUCCAUGCAGACUACCUGAAGCCGCCGGAUGACUACACAAACGCGCUGGAGUUUAUGGAGGCUUUCGACAGGAAGCAGAGAGCGAAGAAUCAGCGCGGUCGGCGCAGCAGCAAGAUGGAAGUGGAGGAAGACAAGGAAGAUGACGAUUCCGCAGUCUUGGAGGAGCAGAGACUGCUGGAAACUGGUGAGUUGGACAUGGACCACGAAUCUCUAGAGGACCAGGAAACCAAAUGACUCAGUCUGAUGAAACAGAAGACGUUUUAAAGCUUUAAUGACCAAUUUCGUGAGUUUUCUCGACCUCCAGACACUUCCGGUCCUUUUUUGGGGUUUAUUUAGGGGCUUCAUAGUGGAUUUUUGCAUAAAACACUCAGAAGCAUUGCAUUAGAUCCGAGGCAAAAAUGCUUGUCUAUUUUUAAAAAGCUUGUAUUACACUGUUUUAGUAUUGAAGUGUUAAAAUUCAUUUCUUUGCCUCAGGGAUUUAGAAGAGGAUAACAAAGAGCCAAAAAAUUUUAUCUGACAAACUUAAAAUAGAGAAUAAAAGAAAUUCAAGAAUGAAUAAAAUGUCUUUUGAGAGGCUUGAAAGCGGUUGUGUUCGUCCUUUGCUCACUGUCAACGUCUACUCGCCCUUCCUGAAACCCUCAUUUUCACUGUCUUGGCCACAUGCAACAGAAAAGGGAGAAUUUGUGGCAGAGUCACGAAAAGUGGCCAAUUUGUAUUCAAACUUGAGCAAUAAAAUUUUACUCAAAAAUAGAAUUACACCCAAAAUCAGCAC